AUGUCAGGCUGGGACGAUAAACCUCAAAUCAUCGGAUUCAAACAACAACGACCAACCGUCGCCAAAGGAUCUGCACUGAAUUCCGCUCAAAGAGCCGGUUUGGUAGUUUCUUCAGAAUCAAAAGGUGCAGGACAACAUAAAGGACCCGCCGAUCAUCAACGUAUCGCCAAGCUUGAUCGAGAUGAUGCACCUAAACCACCUGAGAAAGUCGAUGUAAGCGUCGGAAAAGCAGUAGCAACGGCUAGAAUGGCAAUUAAGAACGCUGAAGGAAAAUCAAUGACUCAAAAAGAAUUAGCUACUUCCGUUAACGCUCAACCCGCAGCUAUCGCAGAUCUAGAAGCAGGACGUGCAGUACCGGAUCAACAACUCUUAACGAAGAUUGAAAGAAAACUCAAUGUCAAACUUCGAGGUGCUAAAAAUACUAUCGGGGGGCCUCUUCAUCCUCCCAAAAAGUAA